AACUCUGUUGAUCUUCAACCUCUUUCAAUCUUAUGCUAAUCAGCUAAUGGAUUCUACUUUUUUCCUUUCCAUUCUUGUUGCUGCUGCAAUUGCCUUCUUCAUCUUUCUUCGAAAGUUCAGAAUCUAUCAAGAAAACAAAGAUAACGAUGUCGGUUCUUCUUCUACAUCUCCUCCAUCUGCUUUGUCGUCUUCUACAUCUCCUCCUACUGCUUUGUCUUAUAACGGGACUCACCAUGUCUUUCCGAGCUUCCGUGGGGAAGACGUUCGUAGAAACUUUCUCAGUCACAUUCAAACGGAGUUAAGAAGAAAAGCAAUCGUUCCUUUUAUUGAUAAUGAGAUUAGGAGAGGAGAAUCCAUCGGUCCUGAACUCAUUAAGGCCAUUAAAGGAGCUAAGAUCGCGAUUGUCUUACUCUCGAGGAAUUACGCUUCUUCAAAGUGGUGCCUUGACGAAUUGGUGGAGAUUAUGAAAUGCAAGAAAGAGUUUGGUCUAACAGUGUUUGCAAUUUUCUAUGAAGUUGAUCCAUCCCAUGUUAAGAAACUUACCGGAGAAUUUGGCUCUGUCUUUAAGAAAACUUGUAAGGGUAGAACAAAGGAGGACAUUUGGAGAUGGAGACAAGCUUUUAAGGAAGUGGCUACAAUUGCUGGUUACGAUUCAAGAAACUGGGAAAAUGAAUCUGCUAUGAUUAAGGAAAUUGUUAGUGAAAUUUCCAAGAGAUUAAUUAGUUACACACCAUCAAGUGACUUCGAUGGUUUCAUUGGGAUGAGAGCUCAUGUGGAAAAGAUGAAACAGUUGCUUUGCCUAGGCUCAAGAGAUGAAAGGAGGAUGGUUGGGAUUUCGGGUCCUUCUGGAAUUGGUAAGAGUACCAUUGCUAGAGUUCUACAUAAUCAAAUCUCUGAUGGUUUUCAACUUAGUGUUUUCAUGAAAUUCAAUCCAAGUUGUACAAGACCAACUUGUUCUGACGAUCAUGAUGUGAAGUUGCAAUUAGAGCAGCAGUUUCUAUCUCAAUUAAUUAAGCAAGAAGAUAUCAAGAUUUAUCAUUUAGGAACUGCACAAAACUUUGUGACCAACAAGAGAGUGCUUAUUGUUCUUGAUGGGGUUGAUCGAUUAGUACAAUUACUUGCCAUGCCAAAGGCGGUAGGCCUCGGUCCUGGAUCUCGUAUUAUCAUCACAACACAAGAUCAAAAACUUCUAAAAGCAUUUAAGAUCAAGCAUAUAUACAACGUGGAUUUUCCACUAGAUGAUGAGGCUCUUCAGAUCUUCUGCAUGCAUGCUUUUGGUCAGGAUUCCCCUGAUGAUGGUUUUGAGAAGCUUGCUAGGAAAGUUACAACAAUUGCUGGUAAUCUCCCUUUGGGACUUAGGGUCAUGGGUUCUUAUUUUCGGGGAAUGGCCAAGGAAGAGUGGAAAGGGGAACUGCCAAGGUUAAGGGUUCGCCUUGACGGAGAAAUCGGGAGCACUUUAAAGUUUAGUUACGAUGCCUUGAACGAAGAAGACAAAGAUUUAUUUCUCCAUAUAGCAUGUUUUUUCAAUGAUGAUUACAUUGAUCAUACCUUUGAGGAUACUCUUCGACACAAAUUCCCAUACUUGCAGCAAGGGUGUCGAGUCUUAGUUCAGAGAUCUCUCAUAUCCGAGGAGAAACUUAUACCAAUGCAUAAUCUACUAGUUCAACUGGGUAGAGAAAUUGUUCGUAACCAAUCCAUUAGUGAGCCUGGGAAACGUCAAUUCUUAGUUGAUGCUAGGGAAAUUUGUGAAGUACUCACUGAUCAUACUGGUAGUAAAAGUGUUAUAGGCAUAAAUUUGAACUUUUCUUCGAUGGUUGACGACGAAUUAAUACUAAGUGAGAGAGCUUUUGAAGAAAUGUCUAAUCUUCAAUUUUUGAGAUUAUGUCACAAAAGAUUGUAUUUACCAGAAGGUCUAAACUAUUUAUCUCCAAAACUUAGAAUUCUACAUUGGGAUUAUUCUCCGAUGAAAUGCUUUCCUUCUAAGUUUAGUCCCAAGUUUCUUGUCAAGAUAAUAUUGAAAUAUAGCAAGCUCGAGAAAUUGUGGGAAGGAAUUCAACCGCUUAUGAAUCUCAAAGUGAUGAAUUUAGGUUCUUCAACAAAAUUGAAGGAGCUUCCUUGUCUUUCAACGGCCACUAAUCUCCUAGAAAUGCAGCUUUGGGAAUGCUCAAGUUUGAUAAAGCUUCCAAACUCUAUUGGGAAUGCCACUAAUAUCCAGACAUUAAAUCUAAGAGAUUGCUCAAGCCUAGUGGAACUUCCUUCAUCUAUUGGGAAUGCCAUUAAUCUCCAGACUUUGCAACUCACUGCAUGUUCAAGCCUAGUGAAGCUUCCCUUAUCUGUUGGGAACUUCAUUAAUCUCAAGUAUUUGUAUCUCAAUGCAUGCUCAAGCCUAGUGGAGCUUCCCUCAUCGAUUGGAAAUGUCAUUAAUCUCCAAACAUUGGUUCUCACUGGAUGCUCAAGCCUAGUGAAACUCCACUCAUCUAUUGGAAAUCUCAUUAAUCUCUUGGAACUGGAUCUCCGCAGAUGCUCAAGCCUAGUGGAACUUCCCUCGUCUAUUGGGAGUGUCAUUAAUCUCAAGAAAUUAGAGCUCAGUGGAUGCUUAAGCCUAGUAAAGCUUCCCUCAUCUAUUGGAAACGUCAUCAAUCUCCAUGAUUUGUAUCUAAAUGAAUGCUCAAGCCUAGUGGAGCUUCCCUCAUCUAUUGGAAAUGUCAUUAGUCUCUCGACAUUGAAUCUUGAUGGAUGCUCUAGUCUAGUGGACCUUCCCUCAUCUAUUGGAGAUAUCACUAGUCUCAAGGUGUUGCAUCUCAAUAGAUGCUCAAGCUUAGCAGAGCUUCCCUCAUCUAUUGGGAAUAUCAUUAAUCUCAAGCAACUAGAUCUUCGUGAAUGCUCAAACUUAGUGAAGCUUCCUUCAUCUAUUGGAAAUCUCAUUAAUCUCUCGACAUUGAAUCUUGAUGGAUGCUCAAGUCUAGUGGACCUUCCCUCAUCUAUUGGGAAUCUCAUUGAUCUAUGGAUAUUGGAUCUCCAUAAAUGCUCAAGUUUAGUGGAGCUUCCCUCAUCUAUUGGGGAUAUCAUUAGUCUCAAGAAAUUGAAUCUCAGUGGAUGCUUGAGCCUAGUAAAGCUUCCCUCAUCUAUUGGAAAUCUUAUUAAUCUCCAGAAACUGAAUCUUCGUGAAUGUUCAAGUCUAGUGGAGCUUCCCUCAUCUAUUGGAGAUAUCAUUAAUCUCGAGAAAUUGGAUUUCCGUGGAUGCUCAAGUCUAGUGGAACUUCCCUCUUCAAUUAGAAACCUCUGUAUGUUGGUGACGUUAAGAUUGCAAGGAUGCUCAAAGAUAGAGGCUCUUCCUGAUAACAAUGUCACAUGGGAUUCUCUAGAAAAACUUGAUGUCACUGGUUGUUCCCAGUUAAUAAGUUUCCCGGUGGUUUCUAAAAACAUUAGACAGCUUAUGCUCUGUGGGACUUUGAUAAAAGAAGUACCUUUGUUGAUCAAGUCAUGGUCUCGACUUCAUGACUUGCGUCUAACAUAUUGGAAAGACCUUGAAGAAUUCCCACAUGUUCUUGACAUCAUCACAGAACUGAAGUUGGACGAUUCAGAAAUAGAACAAGUGCCUACAUGGGUGAAUGGAAUCUCUCAAUUACGUCGACUUGUACUCAGUAGAUGCAGUAAACUGGUAUCACUCCCGCAACUUCCAGGUACCUUAUCAAACUUAGAUGCGGUAAACUGUGAGUCCUUGGAGAGACUUGGUUGCUCCUUUUCCAAUCCCGAAAUUUGUCUCAAAUUUAUUGAGUGCUGGAAACUGAAUGAAAAAGGGAGAGACAUCAUCAUCCAGACAUCAACAAGUGAAUACGCAGUUUUGCCUGGUAGAGAAGUGCCUGCUUUCUUCAGUUACCGUUCUACUACUGGAGGUUCUGUGGUAGUGAAGUUGAAUAAGAGGUGUCUUUCUACAUCUUUGAGAUUUAAGGCUUGCAUCUUGCUGGUUAGAAAGGGGAACAAAGCUGAUUAUGAGGAAUGUGAGUCAGUAAAUCUUAACAUCGUAACAAAACAGAGUGGUGGUGACGGAUAUAUAUCAAGAUUCCUAUCACUACGUCCAGUUUUAACGAACCAUCUAUACACAUUUGAAGGUGAAGUGAACGAUGUGGAAUCCAUAGAGCUAUUCUUUAAGUUUGAAGUCGACAAUGAUAGAUGGAAGAUAGGUGAAUGCGGGAUACGCCCACUCUUGGAGGAGGACACUCAUUAUGUCGAAGUAUCUAUAUAAUGACGUGAUUUUAUUGUCUAUUUCCGUAGGCUGUAUAUACUAUGUUUGUAACGCAGUUUCCUUCUUCAUCUUUUUAAUGUUUCAAAUUUUGUAACAGUUGGUGU